CGCAGUAACGGCACCACCUACCCUCACGCCACUCAUUUUGGGGAUACUUUCCGGUUUGUCCUCCUCAUCUUCAUUGCCUUGGCUUGUAUCGCUGGGAUAGUCAUCGCCUCAGCUGUCAUCUUCUGCCUCCGCCAACAUGCCAAGCAACGGGAGAAGGAACGCCUGGCCGGACUCGGGCCCGAGGGGGGCGGAGACUCCACAUUUGAGUACCAGGAUCUCUGCAGGCAGCACAUGGCAGGAAAGUCUCUGUUUGGUCGCACAGAGGGUGGCGGGGCAGCGGCAGAGAACUCCCGCGUCAGCAGUGUGUCUUCCCAGUUCAGCGACGUGCCGCAGCCCAGCCCGAGUUCACACAGCAGCACUCCGUCCUGGUGCGAGGAACCUGUGCAGUCCAACAUGGACAUCUCCACCGGUCACAUGAUCCUGGCAUACAUGGAAGAUCAUUUGAGAAACAGAGACCGCCUAGCAAAGGAGUGGCAGGCACUGUGUGCAUAUCAAGCAGAGCCCAAUGCUUGCUCCCUCGCCAAGAAUGACACCAACCUGAAGAAAAACAGGAAUCCAGAAUUCGUUCCAUAUGACCACGGUCGUAUCAAACUAAGGAGUGACAACAACACGUCCAGGAGUGAUUAUAUCAAUGCCAGCCCUAUUAUUGAACACGACCCUCGAAUGCCGGCUUAUAUCGCCACGCAGGGUCCGCUGUCACACACCAUCGCAGACUUCUGGCAGAUGGUCUGGGAAAACGGCUGCACGGUCAUAGUGAUGUUAUCGCCAUUGGUGGAGGACGGAGUAAAACAGUGCGAUCGCUAUUGGCCUGACGAAGGCUCCUCCCUCUACCACAUCUAUGAGGUGAACCUUGUAUCGGAACAUAUCUGGUGUGAAGACUUCCUGGUCCGCAGUUUUUAUCUGAAGAACGUUCAGACCCAGGAGACGAGGACCCUGACGCAGUUCCACUUCCUGAGCUGGCCAGCAGAGGGCACUCCCAGCAGCACUCGCCCCCUGCUUGACUUCCGCAGGAAGGUGAAUAAGUCUUUCCGCGGACGCUCCUGCCCUAUUAUUGUGCAUUGCAGUGAUGGAGCUGGGAGAACGGGAACCUACAUCCUUGUUGACAUGGUCCUCAAUCGCAUGGCUAAAGGUGUGAAGGAAAUCGAUAUUGCGGCCUCACUGGAGCACGUCCGGGACCAGCGACCUGGGAUGGUGCGGACGAAGGAUCAGUUUGAGUUUGCCCUGACAGCAGUGGCGGAAGAAGUUAAUGCAAUCCUGAAGGCUCUGCCACAGUGAGAUUGACCCAGCUGCCCUACUCGGUGUUGUGACAUUGCGCCUGCCUUAUGAAGAUGGCAGCUCCACCGUCCUCAAAUAUCCAUUGAUGUGCUCUCUACUCUUCAUGCCAGAGAUCCAUGGCUGCCCUUCUAUGCCCCUAAUGCCUAUCUGCCUUUCCAAGCAUCUACCCCUGUACCGCCCUAACUUUUCUUAUCCCCAAAUUUGCUACCUCGUCCCCCAUGCUUCGCCCCUAAGCUGCUAGUACCUCGUUGUCAUCAAAUCAUGUGUAUUCAUUGUUCUCCAAUAGCAGACAGGCUUCUAGUCUCCCAUUGUCCCCAGGGCAAAGU